CCCGGUCGAUUCUGGCUUUUCCUCUGCAUGUUGGCAGUCUGAUAACAGCCGGAGUGUUUGGGGCGUUACGUUUUUCAUUAGCACAAAUGCUGCCGGUGGGAGUUUGAAAUUGGCCACACGUUCUGGAGGAUAGGGAGUGGUGAUUGGACCUCGCUGUUCUAUAGUUGGACGCACCCAAUUCAUCAAUGUUGAGUGAUGGUCGCAUGAUACGCUACGGCAAGGACUUGGUCAAAAGUUUAAGAUAUUGAAGGUCCUUGUGCAGUUCCGAGAUAAGUAGGUCUGACUGGUGGUUUUUCAGCUUAUGAAUGGUAGUUGACUUGGGGGAUUUUUUUCUUCUUACUCAAUAGAGGCAAUAAGUGGUUUACGGUCAGUCAACAAACAUCUCCCGGAGUGAAGCUUUGCGCUAUGGAUGAAAAAUGAUGGGGCGUUGAAGAUAUGAACCCAACUGCGUCCUUGUGUAAGCAUCCUGGAAGCGUUGCGCUUUCACCAUCUUUUGUGGGCUAGUGUCUUCUUGUGGUUCUGCAAUGACGAUGAUGUCCAUCAGCACGGAUUCCGGCGACGUUCCUCGGCAAUGAUGUGAAUAUUUGCAUUUUGUCUUAGAAGCGAAUGAUUAAAAAAGUGUGAUGGUGCAAAAAUUGAAAGAAAAUUGCCCUCCUUUCAUUGCUACUGUUGCUUCCAUUGCUGAUGCCCACCAACGCUGAUGGACGAAGAUCAUUUUUCAUUUUCCCUUGUCUCCUCGCAAUGAUUACCGGACCAGGGUGAGUUGCCGGUCGCUCCAAAGGCAAGACGUCGAAAAUGUGUGAUAUGAUGGUGAAAGUGGGAAACUAAAUGACUAGAAUCUCUUCUCAGCUUCAGCAAAUUUUUGCCCAUUCGCUUCAGCUUUGUGGCCGUUUUUGAAAGAAAUUCUUCUGUAAAGUCAUACCAACUAUUACUGUGGACAGCCUUGUGAACGGCUGUUCUAUAGAAUUUUUUUCUGCAAGUCAGUAUCAAACAACACCCCAAGUGAAAAGAAACUCAAUAAAAAUAAAAUACACAUAUCCAAAAUAGAACCUUUCACCCUAGAACGCAGCUGAACCCUCACGUUUGGGCAGAUAGUAGAGAAGAAAAAAUCCACGACCCAUAAUAAUAAAUAAUGUGCAAAUGUUCCUUAUCAGUGCAGCAGUGGAAGCGCCAAGCGUUAAAAAAAAUAAAAAGUGUGUCGUGCUCAUCGUGACAGCCCUCCGAUUGGUAGCUCCCAGUCAGCAAGUGGAAUAGGAGAAAUUGAAUUUAGUCACGAGUCAACUGUUAAGAUUAUUCUUCGUUCGGUCCCAGGAAUGAAAUGAGCAAAUCGAAUAAACUGCGAUUGGAAGUAGGUAUUGUAAGAAGGGCUUCUAAAGUUGAGAAGUCAGUCAACAUAUGGAUGAGUAAGAAAGCUCGGUGCAUCCAAAGUGAUCCAGCGAUAGCGAACGAUUAGUGGGUAAGCAUGAUUCGCACGAUCCGAGAACUUUAAGGAAAUGUUAAUUUAAAGUGAAGUGAGUAUCUAAUUCUUUGAAAAACUAAACCUCGAAUUUGAGUGGAAGAGAUUUUGCCCAACAAGCUGCUGAAGCUGUUUAUUGUGAUUGUGUAGGCAGGCAAAUCUCAUGUUUCCGAAAUCUGACUAACGUGAUUUUUCAUUGUCCUCGCUUAGCGUUUGAGAGACGAAGCACCAAACCAAUGAUCCAGAAAUUGAUGGAAAGAGAACCAAAAAAAAAACCAACAUCCAAUGACACAAAGUGCAAAGGUCCGUAAAAAUUCAUCAUAAAACAAAGAUUUACGAUUUCGCGAUCAUCGCCAGGAUUAAAUGGUGGUGGAAGAAAGACGAGUUUAUGGGAAAUCAGCACGAGAAGUGAAGUGAAGAAAAGUGGAUAAUUCCGAUUUACAAGUGGCUGUGCAAGGGUCUUCACUUGACGCCAACUUGAUGAUGGUGGUGGCGUUUCUUGUUCCGUUUCCGAUCACCGAUGACCGACUGUACGAAGCGAUAUUGGUUCAAAACCGUUGUUGGCAGGAAGCGCGGCAGCUUCUUCGUCGGAGAAAAUGAUGAAAAGUUAAUUAAGUGUGCAAUUAUAAGUGAAGUGUGCGAAAAGCGAUGAAAUUAAUUACUCUGUUGUAGCCUUUUGUCGCCGUUGAAAAUUUACAGUGUUAUAAACACCACCCGACGGACGCGUCCCAUUUCAGUACUACCUUUUGUUGCGGUGUUCUGGGAGCAGAUAAAGAGAGAGCACAGAAGAAAACACAAUAGUAAAAAAUACGUACAUCGCCUGGUAGAAGUAACAGUGUUGUGGGAUGAUACAAAACGAGUGUGGAGCGCGCUUUUCUGCUUCAUUUGAGGCGGCUGCAAGUGUUUGAGUAAGGGUGUUUGUGAGCAUAUCUGUAGGUGGGUUGUUAUUGCCCGAGGGAGUUUUUCCUCCGUCUUCAUCGCAGCAUCGGAUCAGAAAGCAGCGGCGAAGGGAAGAAGAUUUUGAUAAAGUGCAACAGCAGAAAGUGCAAUUGCAUGUCGCCGAACGAAGACACAGAAUGUUUUAGAGCGAGGAACGGGUUGUUGUAAUAAAAUAAGGUGGUGGCACUCGGAACGUUGUAAAAUUCAAUCUUGAGCUGGGACUGGCUGUCUCUAGUUGAAGUGCUACGCUGCUGUUUGGACCAAGUGGACUGACGAUUCUAAGCAGCGGUAUCUGCUGAGGAUUAUUCAACUAUACGCCAAGCAGAUUUCGUGGAAUGGUUUUAGUUGUUCCAGACAAACUGGCAGCUGCCGGGAAGUUUGACGCGUAAAAUUACAAACCGGGUUGGCAGAGUUCAUUGCCUCGGGCAGUAAAGCAGGAACAAAAAAAACUGUAGGGAAAGGAUCCGCUGGCUCUCUAUUUACGAUUCCACUAAGAACACGAGUGGCUCCAGGACAUCCAGGACAGAUGAAAGAAAGCCGACAAGAAUGACCCAAAAAAUGGCUAAAUUAUGUUACGCUUCCAUUUUGGAGCCGGGAUCGACUUUUCGGUAUGCGAGAAGUGGCUCCUGCUAAGCGCCAUCGUUUGUUCGUUCUUUCCUCGUUUCUAGCGAAUGCCAACGGCUGCCAGGCUAAAAGUUAAUUCAAAUCUAGAAAUAAUAGUUCCGGGAACGAAGCGGGAGAAAACAGAAACCAGCCAGAACAACCAGGGAUAGAACAGGACUGACUGUGGCAGAAGCCAAAAGUCAACCGAUGAUAGUCAAACUACUCGAGGCUUAUCGAAUUUCGUAGCAGAAAGAAUCGCUUCCGGGAAACUGAGAGCUGAAGCCAAGCCAAGCCAGCUGCCAACUCGUGCCGGGACAUUUUCCUAGCAAAACGUCUUCUGGACCCUGCUGGCUUGGCCUUUCGGGAUAAAACGCGCCAGAAAAACCUGCCCGCCCUUCCCGAUAACGACUAGACAAAUAGCAGCAAGUGGUGACAUCUGGUGAAUAGCACCAUCGAGGAACUCCUCGCCGCGGGCCCCAAUUCGAAUGACGCAAUCAAGUGACAUUUGUCGGAAACAGUCGCCUCAGGCCGAACCAGCAGCCGUCGUUGUCGUCGGCGUUGUCGUGUGAUAAUUGAGGACGUGCCACACCACCUCUUGGUUCCGCUUUUCGGGAUGGAUUCGAACGUCACGACGUACUUUGUGGGUGGCGCCCCGGUGUUUGGCGAGAAUGGUUCCGGACUGCAGGAAUUUGAGCUGGGUGACGAUUCGCCGACCGGAAACGGAAGUUUGUUCCGGUCAAACUUUACCUGCCCAUCGACGGACAUGCCGACGACCUACACGAUAUUCAUGAUUCUGUACGCCGUCGUCUGCCUGGUGGGAGUCAUGGGCAAUACCCUGGUUAUCUACGUGGUGCUGAGAUUUUCCAAUAUGCAAACCGUGACUAAUAUGUACAUUUUAAACCUAGCGAUAGCGGACGAAUGUUUUCUGAUUGGAAUUCCGUUCCUGAUAGCAACGAUGCACAUCAAGCGGUGGGUGUUUGGAGGCGCCAUGUGCAAAGCCUUCAUGGUGAGUACAUCGAUUACCCAGUUCACGUCUUCGAUAUUUCUGUUUAUUAUGUCAGCGGAUCGGUACAUUGCCAUCUGUCAUCACAUCUCCUCGCCACGGUAUCGAACGCCCCUCGUUUCUCGGGUAGUUUCGGCUCUGGCCUGGCUGGCGUCGGCUCUAAUCAUGCUACCCAUCAUGAUUUACGGGGACAUCAUCGAGCUGCAGCCAAACACCUACUCGUGUCAGAUAGUUUGGCCCGAGACACACGAACACAUGCCUGGGUACACGUUUACCCUGUACUCGCUAAUAUUAGGAUUUGUCAUCCCUCUAUGUUUCAUCAUGACUUUCUACUGUCUGGUGAUACGAAAACUGAGGAACGUUGGUCCAAAAACCACCAACAAAUCUCGCGGAAAGCGACGAUCCCACCGAAAGGUUACCAAACUGGUGCUCACCGUUAUAACGGUCUACAUCCUGUGCUGGCUACCCUACUGGAUAUCCCAGGUGGCCCUCAUAACCUCAUCUCCAGAGUCCUGCAGCACUCGGCUGGACAUCACUCUAUUUCUGUUGGUGGGCUGCCUUGGCUACAUCAACUCAGCCAUCAAUCCCAUCCUCUACGCGUACCUUAGCGAGAACUUCAAGAAGAGCUUUCUCAAGGCCUGUACCUGUGCAGCUCGAGCCGAAGUCAACGCCCAGCUCAAACUGGAAAACAGCGUCAUGCCAAAGCGAUCGCGAACCCGAACCAACUCCGACACCACCCAGCUGACCACUUCGUCAAAGGCUCAGCAUCGGCUGCUUAUCGACCCGACUACGACGGCCACCACAACGACCACCGCAGCCUCGACAGUUUCCUCCCGGAACCCGAGCCCACCCGUCAUCCAGAGGAAUCUCCAUAGCAACAGCAACAACAAUAACAACAACAGUUCAAACAACAACGCAAACAACGCUAGCAAAAGCAACCACACCAAUUCAACGGCAUCACAUGCCACUAACCACCACCAAAAUUCACAACAACCGCUAGGCGAAUUAGUGCAAUUGUCGUAAAAAACAAAUUUUCUUCCUCCAUAGGAAAAGAACACUUUUCCCGUUAAAUAGGUUUUUUUUUAAACAAAAUUGAAAAUACUAGUAAUGUAGGAACCAAAAUGAAACUAUCGAAUUUGGAACGAAGUUAGGGUGAUAAAUUUGUUAGAAAAUAUUAUGACAGUGAAACUUAAAAAAAAAAUACAAUGCAUCGAGAUCCUCACCGAUAACAACAAACAACCACAACAACAACACUCCUAAAUGAUAAAGUAAUCGAGCCACAUACUACAGCCACACGUGCCGUGGCGUGGCAAGCUAACUAGCUGCGAAUGUGUCACCGAUGGCAAUAGCUGUUUUUUGUUUAUUAAUAACAAUCUGUUAUAAAUUGUUAUAAAACUGCUAUAAAUUUUCUAGCAAUAAGUUUAGAAAAAUUCAUUGGGCAAAUUAUUUUACGUCAAACUUGUUAAUUGAUUUAGUUACCGAAUUUUGUAAGUGGUUUUGUUACAAAUGUUUCCUCAUAACGGGGCUUGAUCUACAAGUCACGUGACUUGCCAAAUUUCAGCUCGUUGGACUGAUGGCAAAAAAUUUUAGUUAAAAGAAACUUCGGUCGAUAGCUCAUCUGAACUACCCAGAAAACAUUUUUGUAGGUAUAUUUCUUAACAACUUUGUUAUUCUAAGGUUGCCAGAUUGCCCGGUUUUAUCCGGAUUUGCUCGGAUAUUUGAUACAAAAUAUGGGAACCGUCCA